AGAUGCCAUCUCGUGCUAUCUCGGUCUUUGCACUCUUGCUCUUCACCGUUCUCUCUGCUCAUGGGUUGACUGUUGGGAACGACAACCCACCCAAGGCAUGUUACAAGGCUCCUGUGACUGCCGUGUCUGAUCCCAACGUCGUCAUCUACGAUCGCGAUGCACCAUGCGGACCAGGACGCGCGUACAUCCACAACUCAGGGAACUCUGUCCCUGGGGCUCCCAUGACGGCUGGGGCGGGACCUGAGGAGCACACGUACGUCGCUGCAGAGUUCAGCAAGGAAGUUUCGGACUCUCUCACCCACUACAUCGGUCAGUGCAUGGUUGUUCCACAAGGAGGAAGGACUGUCGCCACGUGGCGUGUGAACAGGAACGGCUGCCACUGACAAGUUGAACAGCGGCAAUCCAAGAGCUGGUUAUACAUGAUGAGUAGAGAGGAGCAACAUUCACACAUUCAAUGAAACGAGUUUCACCC